GUAUUCAGGAAGGAACGCAGUGUACCAAAUGUAAAAAUAACUGGGCACUGAAGUUUUCUAUCAUAUUAUUAUACAUUUUGUGUGCCUUGCUAACAAUCACAGUAGCCAUUUUGGGAUAUAAAGUUGUAGAAAAAAUGGACAAUGUUACAGGUGGCAUGGAGACAUCUCGUCAAACCUAUGACAACAAGCUCACAGCAGUGGAAAGUGACCUGAAAAAAUUAGGGGACCAAACUGGGAAGAAAGCUAUAAGUACCAACUCAGAGCUCUCCACCUUCAGAUCAGACAUUCUGGAUCUUCGUCAGCAACUUCAUGAGAUUACAGAAAAAACCAGCAAGAACAAAGAUACACUGGAGAAGUUACAGGCAAGUGGGGAUGCACUGGUGGACAGGCAGAGUCAACUGAAAGAAACUCUGGAGAAUAACUCUUUUCUCAUCACCACCGUAAACAAAACCCUCCAGGCAUAUAAUGGUUAUGUCACCAAUCUGCAACAAGAUACUAGUGUGCUCCAGGGAAACCUACAAAACCAAAUGUAUUCUCACAAUGUGGUCAUUAUGAACCUCAAUAACCUAAACCUGACCCAGGUGCAGCAGAGGAAUCUCAUCACUAAUCUGCAGCGGUCUGUAGAUGACACAAGCCAGGCUAUCCAGAGAAUCAAGAACGACUUCCAAAAUCUGCAACAGGUUUUUCUUCAAGCCAAGAAGGACACCGAUUGGCUGAAGGAGAAAGUGCAGAGCUUGCAGACACUGGCUGCCAACAAUUCUGCCUUGGCCAAAGCCAACAACGACACCCUGGAGGAUAUGAACAGCCAACUCAACUCAUUCACAGGUCAGAUGGACAACAUCACCACUAUCUCACAAGCCAAUGAGCAGAACCUGAAAGACCUUCAGGACUUACACAAGGAUGCAGAAAAUAGAACAGCCAUCAAGUUCAGCCAACUGGAGGAACGCUUUCAGGUGUUUGAGACAGAUAUUGUGAACAUCAUUAGUAACAUUAGUUACACAGCCCACCACCUGCGGACGCUGACCAGCAAUCUGAAUGAAGUCAGGACCACUUGCACAGAUACCCUAACCAAACACACGGAUGAUUUGACCUCCUUGAAUAAUACACUGGCCAACAUCCGUUUGGAUUCUGUUUCUCUCAGGAUGCAACAAGAUAUGAUGAGGUCAAGGUUAGAUACCGAAGUGGCCAACUUAUCAGUAAUUAUGGAAGAAAUGAAACUGGUGGAUUCCAAGCAUGGUCAGCUCAUCAAGAAUUUCACAAUACUGCAAGGUCCUCCUGGCCCCAGAGGUCCAAAAGGUGACAGAGGAUCCCAAGGACCCCCUGGUCCAACUGGCAACAAAGGACAGAAAGGAGAGAAAGGGGAGCCUGGUCCACCAGGCCCUGCUGGUGAAAGAGGCCCAAUUGGACCAGUUGGCCCCCCUGGAGAGCGUGGCGGCAAAGGCUCCAAAGGCUCACAGGGCCCCAAAGGCUCUCGUGGAUCCCCUGGGAAGCCUGGCCCUCAGGGCCCCAAUGGGGACCCAGGCCCCCCGGGCCCACCGGGCAAAGAUGGGCUCCCUGGCCCCCAGGGCCCUCCUGGCUUCCAGGGACUGCAAGGCACUGUUGGAGAGCCUGGGGUGCCUGGACCACGGGGACUGCCAGGCCUACCAGGGGUGCCUGGUAUGCCAGGACCUAAAGGACCCCCGGGCCCCCCAGGCCCAUCAGGGGCAGUGGUGCCCCUGGCCCUGCAGUACGAGCCGACCUCAGCACCAGAGGCCAAUGGCUGUCCACCUCACUGGAAGAACUUCACAGACAAAUGCUACUAUUUUUCGGUUGAGAGAGAAAUAUUUGAGGAUGCAAAACUUUUCUGUGAAGACAAAUCUUCACAUCUCGUUUUCAUAAAUACGAAAGAGGAACAGCAAUGGAUAAAAAAGCAGAUGGCAGGGAGAGAUAGCCACUGGAUCGGCCUCACAGAUUUGGAGCAGGAAAAUGAAUGGAAGUGGCUGGAUGGGACAUCUCCAGACUAUAAAAAUUGGAAAGCUGGACAGCCAGAUAACUGGGGUCAUGGGCAUGGGCCAGGAGAAGACUGUGCCGGAUUGAUUUAUGCUGGGCAAUGGAACGAUUUCCAGUGUGAAGACAUCAAUAACUUCAUUUGUGAAAAGGACAGGGAGACAGUACUAUCAUCUGCAUUAUAAUGGACUGUCAUGGAGUAACACCAGCACAUUUUCAGACGGCUCUCAAAAGCAAAGGACAAUCCCUUCUGAUUUUAUGAACUUCUCACCAGACUGGGGGGAAAAAAAGCACUGGAACCAAUUACUUAAACAAAUUGGCAGUUAGUGUGUUUUUUUUUUAAUCAUCCAUCACUACCCAAGGACUUGGGAACUAAAAUGUUCCCUCAGUGUGAUAUGUUGAUUUUCAGUAUGCAUAUGGACUAAAUCACAUCAGUUUUUCUCAACCAGUAACCAUGUAAUUAUGCAAAUUAUAUCUUCCAAAAUGUGGAGUGCUCCAACCAGGGGGGGAAAAACUGUCAUUGGUUGUUGAGCUAUAGGAAGAACUUAAAUAUAUACUGUGUAAACAGUACCUUACAUUUCUAAAAUCCUAAAUGUAGGAAAAAAUAUGCAGAUAUACAGAUAUAUAGGCCAACUCUUAGUAAUAAUAUGAAAUAUACUUACAGAGCUUUUAAAACUUUGUAUUUUUGUACAAAAUAUUUGCCUUUUACAAUUUUCUUUUUUUUUUUUUUUGGUCAUUUUACCAAUAUAAUACAUGGAGCCAAAGAAAACAAUAAUGGUACUAAUAAGAACUUAUAGGGUUUCUUGUCAGAUUUAAUUCUACCCAGUGGCAAAAAAUUUCUCAGUUGUGGUUUUUAAAAAGCAAUUAAAUAUACUUGUGUGUAUAUAUAUAUAUAUUUGAUGGAUCAUUUCCUCUGAGGAGUCAAUCAUUUGAAAUGUUUAGAAAUUUCCUUGCAGAUUUUGCCAGUGUAGAUCAAGCCUGAGCACAUACAUGUCUCAGGUGGGCUGUGCCUUGAGCCCAUUACUAACCAAUACUCUUGAUGUGUGCCUGGCUAGCCCAGAGGUAGGGGUCAACUCAGGAUUUUGGUGGAGUCAGGGAGUGGAGAGACAUCUGAUGGGAAAGGUGGAAGACUUGAAUCUGGCUGUCUGAGAAGUUCUGCUUUAUGGCUGAGACAUGAAUAUCCUUAAUAUCAGAUCCAUACCAGAGCUGAUCUUAAUUGUCAGGGCAGUAUGGUGUCAUAUCAGCCAGAGGCAGAGAUGCUAGAAAGACAGAAGCCAGCUUGUGCUACCCAGAAAAUUUCUCUCUUUAAGUCAGGUUGUAGAAACAUAACUCAGAGGCACAUGCGUGAUGAAAUUCAAGAAUAAGCUUUUGGCAGCCAUGUUGAACUCGUAAGAACUUUUCCUUUAAAAUCACCUUCCAUCCACUCCCUGGCUUGCCAUUGGAAAAGUCUAACAUGUAAAGUGUUGAUAUUAGGCAUGAAAUGUAACUGACGCUCAAAGGUAAGAUUUCCAUCCAACAGAUUCCCUCUCCUCCUUUCCCAAGUGUCUUCCCAGGCAGUGCUGCUACCUAUUCCAAAUAAAAUGAUAAAAGAAUAAACACAGAAUUUGACUUUUA